AUCAGACUCGCCGCGCCGCUGAUAACUCACACAGGGGGAAAGUGACCACCGGUGUAACCGUCUCCGAAUACAGCCAACAUGAGCAGCGCGGAGUUCCACAAGCACGGGCCGGGAGAGGAGGGGCAGGAGUACCAACACCCGCCACCGCCUGUGGCACCUUCUGCUGGCGUGGUGACCGCGACUAACGCCCCUGUGGUGGGGUCCGGCCCCACGACCCUGGUGUGUCCCUCGUGCCACGCCACGGUGCAGACCAGGGUGCAGUACGAGACCUCCACCCGGACGCACCUCAUGGCGCUGCUGCUCUGCGCCAUAGGGUGCUGGUGCUGUGCUGUGAUCCCGUACUUCAAGGACUCGUGCAAGAACGCGGCACAUCACUGCCCGGACUGCGGGGCCUACCUCGGCGUCUACAACAACUGAGCGCGCGACGACCGUAGAGUCGACACGCCGGGAGACCGCGCCUCACAUCCACAGGCUCCCCCCCCACGUCUUGACAUCGGGCAUCGACAGUUGAGUAGUGUAUUUCCAAAACCGGCCAUCUCCACAAAAAAAAAAAUGGUUUCGUUCUAGAAAAUCAAAUUCCAUGGUAACCCACAGUGAAUAAGGAGCAGUUAAUUACAAAAGCGGCCGUAUUCACUUAAUAAAACCGUCUUGAUUGCCACAUCAUGGAAUUGAGUAAACAGUUUUCCUCGAUUUCUCGCAAAACUGUUCUGAGGGAGAUGGCCAGUUUUGGAAAUACACGACUCAAAUUGAGGGAGUUGCUGCAAUAAGGGCCCGUGCCCCAAAACAACGUCCCGAGAUAUCAAAUGUGCAAAGUUUUCCUUGGUGGCACGCACGAAGUCGGAGCACAGUUACUCCGAUGAACAAUAUAUUGAACAAUAUUCUGUAGCUUACUAAAUAAAUGUUUUCCCAAGAGAAGCCUAAGAUGUACAUCUAGGUCUGUCCCAUCCCGAACACGCCUUAAUAUUCACCUUCGUCUAACCUCGGGAUUUGUUUUAUUUUUGCGCAGGAAAAAUGAAUUCAAAUAUUAAAAAUGGUCGGUUAGGUUAGCUACAUUAAAACACUUUAAAACACUAUGAACGGUUAGUUAGGUUAGUAUAGCUCCAUUAAAAUAAACAGAGAAAUAUAAAUAUUUAUAAAUAAACCCGAGGUUGGCCGAAGGUGAAUAUUCGGGCGUGUUCGGGCAGGGACAGAACUUGAUGUACAUCUUAGGCUCCCCGUUUUCCCAAUCCCAGAUAUCAAUAAGUAAAAAGGGGUCAUAACAUAAUCACAAAAAAUCCUUUCCUUCCAACAUAGCAAAUUAAAAUUUCUGGAUAAUAUUUGGUGACCAUAGUGAUUAAGAUAUGUAGAAUUCAGUUUUGUAUUCUCCCCCAAAAAAGGGCCCAUGGUUUCAUAGGCCAUUAUUUCAGCAACCUCCUCAAUUGAGUGCGCAGCUGUCCUAGAUGGAGAGAUGAACAGUUCCGUAGUUCUCCGAAGUUUGUCAAUCACUCGUCGGAAAAAAAAAAAAAACAUAUUGCAAGGAUGUAUUUAUUUAAUGGUAAUAGAGUAUUAAAAAAAAAUGCUAAUGUAACCUAAACAACCUUUCAUUUUCGUUCCUGGCUCAAGCCUUUGACCAUAAGAAAAUAAAAGGAAAAUGAGUCAAAAGGUUUUUAUAGAAAUAUUUUGUUUUCAUAUAUACCAUAGGACACCUACCAGAAAUGUAAUAAAAAAAAAAAAGCAGCUGAAAAA